UGAAGACGCAGCUCGGUCACUCAGGUUUCAGUGGAAUAUACAGCAACUCUCUAUUUCCAUAAGACGGUCAGACGGCAGAGUGGACGCAAAGAUGUAGGCUACGGCUCUCAUUCUGAAGUAAAGUAGUUUUUUAAAUGAACUAAUGUAAUGUUACUCAAACUGAAACUGCGUGGGCUAGUAUUUUUUCGUGUUCUGGAGCCGGGAAAAUGUCGACAUAUUUUGGCUUAAUCUCAGUUUUGUGCGCAAUAAAUGUAGGGAUAUCAUUCAGUGAAAUAUAUACAUCAAUGAUGAAUGCAAAGCUAGCUUUAUUAGCGAAAAAAGAACUCACCGAGGCCUUAAACUUACAUUGAGCGUGAGACCCAAAGAGUUGAUGUCAUUAAAAGGAUCUACAGGGAGCAGCCCAGGGUUGAUGAGGGUACAGGAUGUUCAUGCUCUACAUGUAAAGGGACAAGUGAGAGGUCAGUUUCAGAGGAUCACAGAUGGCAAAUCCGUCAACAUUUACAAACCCUUGGUGUCCAUGUCUUUCUCAGGAGACUGCUUUCUGAUUGGCAAGUCCAUCUCUGAGGAUAUUCUGCCCUUCAUUUCCUCCUUAAUCAACAGCUCCCUGUCUACUGGUGUAGUUCCCUCUGCCCUAAAGGGGGCACGGGUCAAGCCACUGCUUAAGAAGCCCACUCUAAACCCAGCUGGUGUCAGAAGCUACCGUCCAGUAUCUCUUCUACCAUUUCUCUCUAAAACCCUGGAAUGUGCAGUCUAUAACCAACUCUCUCCUUAUCUUCUCCGGAACAACCACCUGGACCCAAAUCAGUCGGGAUUCAAAGCCAGCCGCUCCACUGAGAUAACCCUCCUCGCAGUCAUAGAAGAGCUUCACUUGGCCAAAGCGAAGUCGCUCAGCUCUGUCCUCAUACUGCUAGACCUCUCCACAGCAUUCAACACUGUGAACCACCAGAUUCUCCUCUCAGCCCUGUUGGGAUGGGCUUUGCAGGAUCCGCACUCGCAUGGCUCGAAUCCUACCAGUCUAAACGUUCCUACCAGGUCCUUGGAGGGAAUCGGUCUCCUCCCCCCGCCCUUUCCAGAUGGGGGUCCCACAAGGUUCUGUACUUUGCCUCCCAAGUCCAACCACGUGUUGCAGCCUGUUUAGCUGACAUCACCUCCUGGAUGUCAGCUAACUAUCUCAAGCUCAACCUGGAGAAGACUGAGCUUCUCUUUCUCCCUUCUAAGAGCUCCUCAUCGAUCGACGCUCUGAUCACCAUUGAAGGUUCUGUGAUGUCCGGUUACCCGGUCCUGUAGUUUCCCCCUCUACAACAUCAGGAGGAUCCGCCCCGUCCUCACGCAACAAGUAACCCAGCUCUUGGUCCAAGCACUUGUCAUCUCCUGACUCAACUACUGUCACAUCGGGUAUUCAACCUCCCAAAACACUCUCAUGUCACUUCACUACUUACUACACUCCACUGGCUUCCGGUAGCAGCCCGCAUCCAGCUCAAGAUACUGGUGCUGGCUUACCAGGCCACAAGAGGCUCUGCCCCAUCCUACCUUCAGUCUCUGAUAACUCCUUCAGUCUCUGAUAACACCCCAGCCAGAGCUCUCUGCUUGACCACCUCUGGUCAGUUGAUGGUCCCUUCACUUUGGGAACCUGGCAGCCGUUCCUCUUGGCCACAUCUCUUCUCUGCCCUUUUUCCGCGGUGGUGGAAUGACCUUCCUCAGUCAGU